UAGAAUUGGCUUUGGACUUAGAAUCAUUAAAAUUAAGAAUAGAUCAUUUGACUCUAGACUUGGAAUCGUUAGAAUUAAGGCUAGAUCAUUUGGAUAAGUAUUGGCAAAUUGGCUCUGGACUUGAAAAUUGA